GGUAGAAGUGAUUAGUGGGAAAGAUCGUUAAGGAUUUCUGUGUUUUUAGUGCAACAAGGAAAAUGGAUCUGGUCUAAGGAAAGAAAUCUAUUAAAGGAUGAAGAAGAAAAAUGGCUUUUGAACGAUGUCAAAAGAUUUCUUUCCACGAAAGUCUGGAAGCUAUCAAGGAACGAAUGAAAGAGAAACGGAAUCAGAAUCAAACUAAAAUUAACAGGGCUAAGCAAAACUUGACUUCAAAAGCAAAAACCAAAGUACUGAGUAAGAGCUCUUUUAUAAAAAAUAUCCAAGUGAACAAUCAAAACCUAGCUGUCUCCCUAGAAGCAGAAAAGAAGAAACUGAGAGUAGCGUGUGAUGUCAUACUGUCCUUGAAAAGAGAACGGCAAGCUAUGAUGUUCUACAUUCUCAUGCUGAAAAGAAAACUUGAAGAUCGUUUCCCAGAGCAAUUUGAGAAUUUGAGAAUCAUUUCUGAUUCUAUAGGGGAGGAUCUAAGCAACUUUGGGGAUGAUUUGCCACAAUGCAUACCAGAACCACUAUGUUCCUCGCCUGUUGAGCCCUUUAUUCAGGAUAUUGUGAGGCAUGUUCCCUUGGCGAACUCCAGAAUUCAUUCACCUGAAAAUGCCGAUUGCACCACAGCUGAAGAGAGCAGAGCAAUAUCCAAUAUGAUGGACACAAAGCCUGCAUUAAGAAAGAUAUUGAAAGGGCGAAGAUCUACAUUUAUUCCAAGUCAAGACUCUGAUGCCAAUUUAAUAGCUCCAUUGGAUGAUGCGUCUUUUGAGAGAAUCGAUGAGCUGCCAAAAGGGGUUUCUGUUAGGCGACGAAGUGGGAGGAAAAGCCCUUCUUUCCAUGGUCAAAUUGGUGUUUUUGAUUUAUUCAACACUUAUGAAAAUCAUUCAGAGGUGUCUUGGGCAAGUGAUGAACAAAAGCUUGACAUAAAUUUCAAAGAUCUUGAAAAUGUGCCUCCUCUAAAUUCUAAUCAAGGAACUGAUAUGGGAAGCAUCGAGCUAGAGCAAAUUCAAAUGGCAGACAAUUGGAAUCCUGAGAGAGUCAAAAGGAAGUUCAAGAGCAAUGUGAGGAACACUGAAAUUGUAAAUUCAGAAAAAGCAGAGAGGGUUUCAGAAAAAGAACAGGAUAUUCAAUUGGAAGUAGAGCAGAGGGGAAGAAGAGGGAAGGGAAUGGAAAGAAAUAAAAACAUACCAUUAAAGAAACAAUUGGAACCUGCAAGAGCGAGCGCCAGCUCGAAGAGUAGAGAUCGAUGUCAAAGCAGAAGUGGUACAGCCAAAGAAAGAAAAAAGUCUCUUGAUUAUAGCGAUACUUACAAUUUUGAUUAUGAAGAAAGUAUUCAUCUCACACCUUUCCGUAGGAAAGAUGAACCAAGUGCAUGUGAGAAUAUAAACAAUACCAAAAUCAGUACUGAUUCAGAGAGUAAUUCAGAAGAUGAUUUGGAUGAUAGUCUUUAUGUACCUCCUGCUGAUAAAAGACGUAGGACAUCAUCAAGCCAUAGUAGAGCUAAAAGUGAAGGGUCAACAGUUUUAGCAACCAGACAGAGGUCAAGCAGAAGGACAGUAAUUCUCCGAAAAGAUGUGCCUCAUAAGAAAGGACCUGAAAAUGGUGAUGAGGAAACCAUCCAAAAUGAAACAGCUUCUUUCUUGUUGAAAACAUCGGAGUAUGAUAAAAUCAAUGUAUGUGAACAUUUGAAAACAAAAGCAAAGGAUAUCCAGUUACAUUUUGAGUCAGGCAAUAAACCAGAAAACACUUCUACCAUCAAACAUAAAAACGUAAAGAAUUUUCAAAAUUCUGAAGAAAGUGCUGUUAGAUAUCUCAAACCACAACUGAAGAAAUGCGUGCUACUGCAGCAGAGAGAAAAAAAUGCUGGAAGGACAUCAACAAUAAGGAAUGAAGAAAACUUUAAAGCAACAGGGAAGAACUUUGAACCUCGCUUCAGUCUGAGUGAUGUGACCAAUUAUUCAAAAUUACCCAUUGAAAACAAGGAAAAGAAGAUGUCCUGUCCUGCUUUCUUAGAAAGAAUGAACAGGAUUUCUCCAAUAAUUGUUAGUAAACGCAGAUGCACCAUGGCUGUAAAUUACAAGGAACCCAGUCUCCAAUCGAAAUUGCGGAGAGGAGACAGAUACACCGACACACAAUUUUUGCAUUCGCCGAUAUUCAAACAGAAAAAGAACAAUGCAUCCCUGCGUAAACCUGGCCAAAAGCCAUUUCCACUUAGUAGAUAUAAUGAGGCAUUUGUUGGCUGCCUAUAAUCUUUUACUAAACAUGAACUGUAUUGAGAUCAUGAUAAAUUGAAGUUUGAUCAUUUACGGUAUGGAUUAAUUUUGUUUUUAAAACUUGUUUCAUGGGAGUUGUUUUCACUAAUGUAUUUUAGUGUUCAAGAAAAUCUAAUAAAUACCAUCUUCAUGAGUAUAUUUAAUUGGUUUUGGUUAUUACUAUAACACUGUCAAAUUUCUUUACCUGAAUGGACUAAACAGUUUGAGUAGGAUCAGGUAAAAUGUCCAGAGAUGAAUACAUGACCCUCCGAAACUGUAUUUGUUGUAUUUAGAAUUACCUGGAGCAUCAUUAAACAGAUUGUGAAGAAUCUGAA